UCGAUGUAGUGCAGUUAACAAAGUAAUUGAAUGCAAUAGUGCGAAUAUAAAACCAACUUUACCCAAGUUGUGAAGGAUUACAAAUCAAAGUCAACAGAGAAGACCAUUACUUCAUAUGAAAUGUUUAGGUACAAAGGUCGACAUGUUUUUUUAGCUGAUAAUGUGAUUUCCUUUUUAUGGUUUCCGCUUCACCUGAUUGUGAAAGUAACUCAAUGGACUUAUUCCCAAGAAACAAGGAAGUCUCGAGUUAACCCAUAAUAACCCGCGGGUGUCACAAACACUGGUCAUUAUCUGAAGCAUUAUCCUUCACUUUCAACUCAGGAAGUCCCUAAGUGACAUAUAAUGAACACCCAGGUUCAUGCGACAACGUGUGCAUUUUUGUUGCCAUGGCAACAUUUCCAAAAUGGUGUCCUGUCUGGUUAGCACAUGUUACAGUGGCAGCAAUUUUUAAAAACACUUGUUUUUGUUACUAAAGCUGCAAUGGACAUCAUAGAACCAAUCCUAGCCAUCGCAGAAAAGCUGUACAGCCUGUGUGAGGAGGUGAAGGCCAACAAGAAGCGCUGCAGGCGUCUGGCUCACCGCGUGUCCACUCUGGCUGAGCUGGUGAGGGCCGUGAAGGUUCAUGGCUUUGGGACUGAACCCAAACAGGUUAGAAAUGGGCUUGAAAAUCUUAAACUCACUCUGGAGUCAGCAGAGAAGGUAGUGAAGAAAUACACUUCCUUCAGCUAUUUGAAACGCAUUGCCAAAGCGCAUGACCUCGGCGAGGAGUUCAGCUUCCUAAAUGAGAGGCUGAAUGAUGCAGCUCAGGUGCUUUCUCUAGCGCUUCAGGUCGAGCACAGAGCAAGUAUAGAAAAAGUGUUUCAGGAAGCAACAAGGCAGCGGGAAGAUGAAGAGGACAGGCAGAGUGACUGUCUGGAACUUCGGGAAUUGCUCCAGUCUUUAGCCCAGGAGAGCAAAGGAACGAGCACGAUGGUUGACGCCGUACAGAAGACAGUUGACCAAACUCAAAAAGAUGUGCAGGACAUUAAAGAGAUCCUGGAAUCAUUGAAAAGACCCUGCCUUCAUUUGCAAGACAUUAGAGAGAUUAAACCAGAAGAACUGACUUACAGUGUUCCUGUUAAACCCCUUAUGAAGAACAGCCAUUCUGAGCUUUACAAAGGGACGUACAACAAGUUCACUGUGGCUAUCAAGAGAUUUUCAUGUCCGCUGUGCACCAGCCCCAGUGAGCUGAGAGGUGUUUUUAACAAGGAGGUGGAGACCAUGAAGCGCUUUGAGUCACCAAAUAUCUUAAGAAUGUUUGGGAUCUGUGUCGAGGAUGAGAAUGGACCAAAUGCAAGUUACCUGAUAGUCAUGGAGUACUGUGAAAAGGGGAGUCUUCGACAAGUCCUGGACAGUAACUGCAAUCUACCCUGGGAGAGAAAGACGCAGAUGUGUCUGGAUGCAGCGCAGGGACUCUACAGGCUGCAUCAGUCAGAGGAGAAGUUUAAAGUGCAUGGCUCCAUCAGAAGCUGUAGUUUUCUAGUGGCCGCUGGCUAUAGAGUGAAGUUGGGAGGCUUUGAGUUGGCAAAAACACGAACUUCUCUUCAGAAAAAUAAAUUCAAAAGGAGCAGUGCUUGCCAUUACAACUCUCCACAGCAGCUUCAGAAUAUCAACCAUCCUUACGACAAGGCAUGUGAGAUCUACAGUUUUGGCAUUGUCUUGUGGGAAAUUGCAACACGAGGUGUUCCUUUCAAAGACUGUACAACCACCAAUCAGAUCUUCCAAAAAGUUUGUGUAGAGAAGGUCAUGGAGCCGCUUCCAACAGACUGUCCUGAAAAGCUAAAAGAGCUCAUCAAUGCCUGUCGAUCAUUUGAGCCCUUCCUACGACCAACCGCAGGAGUAUUGGUCGACAUGCUCCUUAAAAUGGUGGAAGAGGAUUGAUGGAGCACCUCUGCAUUUCUAACCAAGGCUACUGGCAAAGUGUCCAUAUCAGAUUCUGAUGAUGCAAUCUGUUACCAUCUACCUGGGGGAUAUCCCAGAAAGCAGGAUAAACUUAGUGUCACAUAAAUCCUGCACUCUUGUUUGGUUAACCCAAACCUUGCUUACUUGCAAUAUAUGGUGCAUACAUUAUUGACCUCAAUGUGAAUGAUUCAUCUAUGCAUGUUUAUUUUUUUUGUGGGGGGGGUUAACCAUGUACUUUUUCUAUCAAAAUGUCAUAAAUGGAUUUAACUGUGAAACAACAUACUUCUCUGUUGACAUAUGUCAGACUUCUGCAAUCAUUUAGUCUGCAAACAUCCCAUCCUUUCAAUGUAUUGCAAGCCUGCAUUCAGAGCUGCCUCCAUUUGUGUAACAAUCAAUUGUUAGAAUCAUGUCCUUGCCUUCAUUAUGGCCAUGUAAGUUUAGUUUUUUUUUUUAAAUUUAUUUAUUUUUUUCCCUCACAUUUGUGAUAAUAUGAGAUGUCAUAUAUAUGAGUUACAAAGAUAUAUAUAUAUAUUAGAGAGAGAGCGAGAGAGAGAGAGAGAGCAAACAUUACUUAGCAAAAAGGACAACAUUCUGAUUACAGAGGAGAAAAUGUUGAUUUUGUGAGGUAAUAAAAAUACAUUGAUUCGUUAUAAUGCUUUAUCUGUGCCAUCAAAAAUUAAAAUCUCACAGCUGC